AGAAUUUAGAACUUAGAUAUCUCUUCCUCUCCCUGUGUCUGGCCAAAGUGAAGAACAUAAAGUCUUAUCCAUUUUAUUCUAAUCUCUGGAAUUUUUUUCUUCCCCUUGUCUCCCCCGACUUUUUUCUCCCUCUCCGCAGAUAAUGCAGUAUCAUUCUGCCUGAACCCUAAUUCAGUAUUCACUCAUUACUGGGUACUUUUUGGACUCCUGAGCGGACCCCUCCAUCUUUCUCAGAGCCUUUUCUGCUACUAGAUGUUCGAGGAGUAGAAUAAUUAGCAGUGUCCUGUUACCCUUACUUUUUCUUUGCUGUUAUUAUCAGUUUGGAGUGAGUCGGGUGAGCGACGAGCUCGAUUAUCCGGCGAGAUAGGCUGCGUCCGAUUAUUAGAUCUGAGAGUUGUUGGGUUCUCCACGUGACCGUUUCUGUUGGUCGCUCUGGUUGGUGAAUUUGGUGGCGAAGGUGGUCCGUGGAGCUUUAUCUUCCAUUCAUCUGUUCGACUCGUUGGAUAGUGUAUUGGCUGGAAUUGGUUGAUCAUGGACCACGUGAUUGCCUCCAAAUUUAAGCUGGGCCGGAAGAUCGGGAGCGGAUCUUUUGGUGAACUAUACCUUGGUGUUAACAUACAGAGUGGAGAAGAAGUUGCAGUGAAGUUGGAGUCUGCGAAGACAAAGACCCCUCAACUUCAUUAUGAGUCAAAGUUGUACAUGCUCCUUCAAGGAGGAACUGGCAUUCCUCACCUCAAAUGGUUUGGAGUGGAGGGGGAGUACAAUGUCAUGGUUAUUGACCUCUUGGGACCAAGUCUAGAAGACUUGUUUAACUAUUGCAAUCGCAAAUUGACUCUGAAAACAGUUUUGAUGCUUGCGGAUCAACUUAUAAACCGAGUUGAAUACUUGCACCAAAGAGGUUUUCUUCACCGUGAUAUAAAGCCUGACAAUUUCUUGAUGGGCUUGGGACGCAAGGCCAAUCAGGUCUAUAUCAUUGACUAUGGCCUUGCCAAAAAGUACAGGGAUCUUCAAACACACAAGCACAUACCAUACAGGGAAAAUAAGAAUCUGACUGGCACUGCUCGUUAUGCUAGUGUUAAUACUCAUCUUGGAGUUGAGCAAAGCAGAAGAGAUGAUUUAGAGUCUCUUGGAUAUGUUCUCAUGUAUUUCCUUCGGGGAAGUCUUCCAUGGCAGGGGCUGAAAGCAGGCACUAAGAAGCAGAAGUAUGACAAAAUCAGUGAGAAGAAGAUGCUUACUCCGAUAGAGGUCCUUUGCAAAAGCUAUCCCUCUGAGUUCACGUCGUAUUUCCAUUAUUGUCGGUCAUUGCGGUUCGAAGACAAGCCUGAUUAUUCAUACUUGAAAAGGCUUUUUAGGGACUUGUUUAUUCGAGAAGGGUAUCAGUUUGAUUAUGUGUUUGAUUGGACCAUCUUGAAGUACCCACAAAUCGGCUCCAGUUCUAGGCAACGACCAAGUGUCAAACCUGCUAUAAACGCUGGAACAUCAGCAGAAAGAGUAGAGCAGCAGCCUUCAGUUCGAGAGAUUCGAGAUAGGUUGUCUGGUGUAGCUGAGUUAUUUGUGAGGAGGACUAGCUCUGGACAAGUAACCCGUGGGGAUCAGUCGCGGCACAGGUCUUCAGAUGAUGUGCCUUCAUCUAAAGAUGUGCGCACUGAUUCCGACAGACCACGCUCCUCAUCUCGAACCGGUAGCACAUCAAAGAGGGCUUUUGUGUCAAGUAGUAGGCCGAGCUCGUCUGGUGAGCCUAUCGAUAGUCGAACAAGCAGAUUGAUCUCUUCCAGCAGCGGUCGGAUGUCAACCACCCAAAGGCUUCAACCUGGGUUCGAGUCCAAGUCAUCAUCGUUCACUCGUGCGACUGCCUCGAGAGGUGCUCGUGAUGACACGCUUAGGAGCUUGGAGCUCCUUUCCAUCGGGACAGGGAAGCGAAAAUAAGGUUAGUCGAAUCCAAUCAGUGGAAAAAAAGGAUCUCAAAAUACGCUCCUUGUCUUAGGGUUUGGCAGUCUGAGGGACACUAUUAAGUAUUAACGGGAGUUCUGUGUCAAGCCAUUUCACUCUGUAUAUGUGUAUGCAUUCUUGCGUUAUCUUCACAGCCGCCAAGCCACUGCUGAAGCAAACGCAUUGGUUGAUGAUGCCUUCUAGUUCUAUGCUGCUCCUUUCAGGCCACCUGCUGGAGAUCUCUUUCUUCUUCUUUUAGUUCUCUUUUACUUCAUGAAGCAGAUGAAUGGUCCGCGACAUGUCAGAAUUGUUUAUACGACGAGAGAUGAGUGUAGCUUGUAAUCAAUUACUAUCUACCCAUUGUUGUUCCUGAAGGUUUCUUCUCAUUGGGAAACAGAGAGACGUUGCUGCUGACAAUAAUAUGACUAUAUAAGCUACCUAUAUUACGAUUUACGAUGACGUGCAUCGUCAUAAUGUUCAACUUGGUUCAAAUUAUGAAAUCGAAUCGACUCGUCUGUUUCGCCCUUGCUGACUAUCUGUUAUUCUCUGUAAGUUGUUCUAUGCUACACAUGCAUAAUCGAGU